AGCUAAACGUGUCCUAGCGCUAAACUUAAUUCACAAGCGGCGCAGAGAUCUGAGGUUGUGAAUUUCAGGAGUUAUAUACUGGUUCAUGUACUUCGUGUUGCAAAGGAAGGAGGGGGAAAAACAAGCCGCGGGCAGUGUUGCUUUAAAGGUUCAGUUUUAUCCAGAGAUCGGAAUGCAAAGUACUGAUCAGUGCGGGAUCGAGCUGGAAAUAGACGUAGAGAGUUUGGAAGUGGAUGACGAAGAUCUGGCCGAUUCCCCCGAGGUUGUGCCGGGCCACAGGGAAGAUGGCUCGGCCGAGACCUGCAAGAAGCAGCAGGGCGCCGAGGGGGAUCAGAGGAAACUGAGCCGAACCCCGAAAUGUGCCCGGUGCAGAAACCACGGGGUGGUGUCGUGCCUGAAGGGUCACAAGCGGUUCUGUCGGUGGAGGGACUGUCAGUGUGCUAACUGCCUGCUGGUCGUGGAGAGGCAGAGGGUGAUGGCAGCUCAGGUGGCGCUCAGGAGGCAGCAGGCAACUGAGGAUAAGAAAGGGUUAUCGAGCAAACAUAACCUGGCCGAACGCCGGGCCGUGUACCAGAGGCACCUGAGAACGCCAAGUCUGCUGGCCAAGAGCAUUUUAGAAGGCUAUCGACCAGCCCAGACUGACCCAUACAUGAGAGGAAGCCCACCUUUGCCCCCUCCUGUUAGUGACCGGAUGAGAAAAAGGCGUGCUUUUGCUGACAAGGAGCUGGAGAGCAUCAUGAUGGAGAGGGAGUACAAGGAGAGGGAGAUGAUCGAGGCUGCCCAGGCUGCAGCCGCCUUCUUCCUUCCCAGCGGCAUGGUGCACGCAGCCGAGUACAAUUCCUGCAAAUCCAACUACACUGCGCCGCAGCUUGAUAGACCAAGCAAGGAAAUUCCCCAGCAUUGCAACUUUAUCCCCCCUUGCCUCGAUUUAACCAUGCAGUACUCUGGCUCGGAUAGAGCAGUGGAACUCAUUUCUUCUAACGUCAGCGUAGCCACCACCUAUCGGCAGUACCCUCUCACCCCCAGGUUAAUGGUCUGGCCUAAGUGUGGUGCCAUCAGCGACGCUCUUCUGUACCAGCAAUACGUGCUGAAUGCCAGCAGUGCCAUCCAGAGCCUCAAGCCGGGAGUUGUUUGGGACCCUAAAGCAACUUCGGCGCCGGAAAGUCAUUUGUCCAAUGACAGCCAGGAGUCUCCCAAAAAGCAGGCGCGGGAACUGCAGCAUGUGCCAACCGAGGUGCGAGAGGUGACGGCCGACCACCAACAAGCCCUGGAGAUGCCCUGUGAACGGUCGGCUUUCUCUCCACCAAAGAAAGGCUCCCCCCAGCUCUCCGAGGGCGAUUCGUCGCCCUCAUUGCAGGUACCCAGCAGCCAUUUCAGCAAAGAGAACUCUCAGCCACCACUCGCUGCAGCGAAAUUCAACACCGCCCAGCCGUUCAGCGGCAUGUUCCUCCCGCGGGCCAACGGCCAGCAAGCGCCAUAUGAGAAACCUGCCUCGGAGUUCAAGACUUUCAUCAGUAAAGACAUCAUCGAGGAAGCGGCCAGGAAAUACAGAGAAUACGCCAUCAAGGAAAACCAGCUAUACAAAAAUUCUACCGAAAGAUACAUGAACAAUUUGAUUGUUUCUAAGCAAGCUGGGACAAAAAGCUCGUCUCCUGACUCGCUCUCCUUUUCCGUUGAAUCAAUCCUCAAGAGGCCUUCACCUUCUCUAAGUCGUACUUACCAGUAAAUCACAUUUCAAGUUGUACCGCUUAGAAUUGAUAUUGCAUUCAGUUACAUUCUGAGACCAAAACUGCCUUUUGUGUAAAUGUCUUUGUGAUGUACAUGUUUUAGACAUUGUCUUGUACAGAUAUUAGUAUGGUUCGUGUAUUUUGUCUCC